GAGGGAGGAUGAAUGUAAUUCCAUAGACGACAUUAGACAAAAGGAUAGACGGGAAUAGAAGAAAAAUAUCCAAAAAAGAAAUUAAGCUGAAAUGAAAAGAGAGAUACAUAGAUAGAGAGAGAGGCCAAAGAAAAAAUCCUAUGGCAAAUACACAAUUUUUCAUGCAGACAAGAACACAGAAACAAACUACAUACAUAUACACAACUAUAAGUACCGGCGUAGCGAACAAACUAACGAAUACACGACAUACAUGUAUCUAGAUACGUACUCAAGGAAACAAUGAAAAACAUGAGACGACAUUCCACAUACAACAUCAAUAACAAUAACAACAAUUAUAAUAAUUUCCAUUCAGCACUGCAAACUAGUUUAGGAACAACGCUAAAGACACACAACCCAAAAACAAAAAAAUCGUCACACAUUCAGCCACUGGGGAGAGAGAGUACUGAGACUUGACUGCAAAAUGCAAAAACCAGUUAAGAAAUCACACGGGCGUGUGUGUUUUUGGCGACGACGACAACGACGCAUCAAUCGGCGAUUGCAUUCAAACGGUUUCAGACCAGACGGAAGAAUAACAUUUUUCAAUUUCUGUCCAAAUUACAAACAGUAUUAAAUUACAGUGAGGUGGUAGCAACAAAAAAAAAAAAAAAACUGAAAAAAUUAAAAAAUACAUAUAUAGUACAUAAAGAUACAUACUAUAUAGUAUAUAUGUAUAAUAUAUAAAGAAAAAGAUACAUAAUCUGAAAAAGAAAAAGUUGCGUUUUAAAACUCAAAAGAAUUUUAAACGAAACCUAAAACAAAUUAAAAGAUUUAUCAAGAAAAUGUCCCUGAUACCGUUCAUUUUGGAUUUGGCAGAUGAACUCCAUGAGUUUAGCCGUUGCCUGGCCAAUGGUAUAGAUAUAAAUGACUUUGGUUUUGGUCUCUAUACUGGUACGGAUCAGCAGCAUCAGCCACAACAGCACCAGCAGCAACAACAACAACAGCAGCAGCAACAACAUCAGCCGCAAACCAGUCCCAGACGUAGUCGCACCUCAUCUUUUUCAUCGUUUUGGAUGCCCUCGAAACGUCAUCAUCCCUAUAAUCGCAUUAAAACGGCCUGCUGUGCCAAGUCUGGCGAGGAAGCAGUUGCUGGUACUCCGGAAAAUUCCGGCAAGGAAGCGUCUGGUUCCUCGAGCGUUGUUGGAGCUGGUGGUGGUACACCGGGCAAAUCGGCCUCCUAUUCGGUGGUCAAUAAGAAUGGCUUCCAAGUAAGCAUGAAUGUUAAGCAAUUUGCACCGAAUGAGCUGUCGGUGAAAACAAUCGAUAACUGCAUUGUGGUCGAAGGCAGACAUGACGACAAGGAAGAUGGUCAUGGCGUCAUUUCGAGGCAUUUUGUACGCAAGUAUAUGUUGCCAAAGGGUUACGAUCCCAAUGAUGUGCUCUCGACUUUGUCUUCGGAUGGUAUAUUGACGGUAAAGGCUCCACCACCACCACCGCCGGCUGCGAAAAACGACGAACCCAAUGAGCGGAUUAUAGAAAUUCAGCCGACACCAGGACCAACCCCAGUAUUGGUGGUGUCUGCAAAGGAUAUAACAGUAAAGGAAACAUCGAAGAAAUUACCAACAACAGCAAUUCCAUCGGCUCGUUUGGAGUGUCAGUUGCCCGAAAAGAGACAAAAACUGGAUUUACCUCCAGAAACAGAGCCGGAGGAGGCUGUAGUUUCUUCAGCACCAAUACCAGCUACAAACACAAUUAAUGAAACUGAUGCAGCAUCGGUUGCUGUAGCAGGAACAGAAGAAGUUGUAAACGACGAUGUUGAAAUGGAGAAAGCCGAUGAACAAAUCAACGAAAUUGUGCUUAAACAGACGGAACAACAACAACAAUCAGAUGUUAAGGAAACUGACAAGAAUGAUGUAGAGAAAAAAGUUGAAAACAUUGAACAAACGGAAAAACAAAUUGCUGCUAAGGAACAGGAAGAACAGGCUGAAAAUGUAGACGAGACUGAGAAAAAAUUGCUGGAUGAGUGCAUGUCCGAUUCGAAUGGUGAUGCAAAAAACGAUUGUGAAAAAAUGGAAGUGUCUACAAGUAUUACAGAUGCAACACAAGCAGCAACAGAGAAAACCAACGAGUCUGCGGCUGCAACUAAAUUGGAAGAGAGUUCGAUUGAAAAAUCUAAUGUAGCAAAAAUGGAGGUGGAUGGUGAAGUUAAUAAAGCUGUUGGCCAACGUAAUGAUAAUGUUGCUAAGAAAACAGACAAUACAGAAAUCUUUGUAGCCAUUCUUAAAACGUGUAGCGUAAAAACGGCUGUUAAACCAGCUGCUGCAGCGGUAAUCGCAGCUGAUUCUGCAAAACAGAAAAAAGACACAGAGACAACUAAUAACACAGAUACUUCCAGCAGCAUCAGCACCACCACAAUUAACACUACCAAUAAUAACAACAAUACCAGCACAAAUAGCAACACAACCACUACCAAUAACUCGACUUCCACUGAUGUUGCCACAGAAAAAACGGCAAAAGAUGUUAAAGAUGGAAAUGGUGUUGUAACCGGCGAAAUUUCAGAUGAUAUUCCAAAGUCUGCUAAUGCAGACAGUGAUGCUGCUACUGCUGCUGCUACAGCUAAAGUUUCUACAGACAACAGCAGUAAGGCUGAAUCUGUGGCCGAUGGAGAUGUUGAAAUGGAAACAGCUGUAUUGAGUACUGACACAACAACCACAACAACAGCUACAACAAACAUUAUUGAUGAUGUUGCUCUACUCAAGGCUGCAACAGCUGACCCAGCCGAUAUAACAGACAACAAUGCUGAGGAAAAUGACAUACUCACCGAAACCAUGGAUGGCAUAACAACUACCGCAGACUCAAACACAACCGCAACCACAGUCGACAAUGUUGAAUGUUCACUGUUUGCAAAAAAAUCGCAUUUAGGUAAUGGCAACAAUACAACAGCAACACCACUAGUGGGUACCGAAGAAAUGGCCAAUUAAAAAAUAUGUACACAUUUAUUUUCUACCCAAACCCCCUUCCCUUCUCCUACACCCUCCCCCAAAAAACAGACUUAUUUAGAAUGCAAAACAGAGUCCCCGCAGGAACGAGAGAAAGAAAAAACGACCGAACGAUUAAGUAGAGUUAUAAAAAUGAAAAAUUUAACAUUUUAGACGGGAAAAAAGAGGAACUGACAAGAGUAUUUAACAACUCUCAUACGAGUUACUCGAAAAUACAACAACUACUUAUACUAUAGUACUAAACUCUAAGAAAAAAAAGACAAAUUCUACAUGUAGUAGCAAAAAAUAAAAAUUAAAUUAAAAAAAAAAAAAAAAAUAACUGUCUGCAAAAUGUUAGAAAUCAGCAGCAGCGGCAGUAAAUGCUUUUUUUAAACAAAUAAAAUAAAAUAUAUUAUUACAAUUAAAUUCGUUUCUUAUUUGUGAACAAUUAUUUAUAUAUGUUUUUAAUGUCUUAUAGUAUUUCUUUGGCUGCCUAAGACUGCCAAUUUUCCUAUAUUUUACAUGAAAUUAUUCCUAACUUUUUUUUAAAUGAUUUUUUUUAAUAUAUUUUUUUUUAUAAUUUCUAUAUAUUUAAGUACCAUAGUUUUCAUACUGAUAAAUAAAAUUAAAAAUAUUAUUAUAAUAAAAUGAAAGGAAAAAAUUGAAAAUGAAUAGCAGCAUACUUUAAAAAUAAAACAAAAAUUAAUAAAAAAUAUAACUAUUUCAACUAUUUAAUUUUAAGUAUUUACUUUAAAUACCACUUAAAAAAAUAAAUCAAAUAAUUACAUAAACAUUAUAAUAAAUGAGAAAUAAAAAACAAUAUUAAUUAUAAAAUAAUUAAUAAUAUAAACCAGAAAAAUAUAUAAAUAUAUUACGAAAAAAAAAAAUCACAGAUUUUUUUUUUGAUUUCAAAACCUAAUUACAACAGCCUCUUAAUUACGGAUGAUGAAUGAAUGAAUGAAUAAAUUCAUAAAAUAAAAUUUUCUGAAACAAAAGUUUAAUAAAACAUCUUAAUUGCAUAAUUGUA